CCAUCAGACUAAUAGAUAAGCACAUUACCUGCCUGGGCUGUUUCCAUACCAUAAGCUCCAAAAGAAAGAAGGAAGCUUUUUCUUUUGAAAUCAUGGGGCUAUUGGAUCUGUUUCUCCAGUCUUUCAGUUCCAUCUCCCUUUUUGGAGCUCUGGUUGUCCUGCUGCUCGUCUACAUUCUCUACUCCUCCAGCUUCAGCUCCCAGGAUGAAGGGAAGGGACCUCCAGGUCCAAAACCACUUCCCCUACUUGGGAACCUGCUGCAGCUUGACCUCAAGAGACCCUACCACACAUUUAUGGAGCUUUCCAAGAAAUAUGGAUCCGUUUUCACAGUGCAUUUGGGACCCCAAAAAGUGGUGAUCCUGGCUGGAUACAAAACUGUGAAGGAGGCACUUGUCAACUAUGCAGAUGAGUUUGGUGACAGAUAUUCAAUGCAAAUAACAAAAGAAACUAGUGGAGGCCAUGGACUUGUAUGGUCCAACGGUGAAUCAUGGAGAGAGAUGAGGCGCUUUUCCAUGACUAAACUCAGAGACUUUGGAAUGGGCAAGAGGGCUAGUGAGGACAAAAUCAUUGAGGAAUGCACCUACCUCAUUGACGUGUUAAAGAAAUGUAAAGGAGAAGCUUUUGAUACAACUCAACCCAUAUCCCAGGCGGUGGCUAAUAUGAUCUGCUCAAUUGUUUAUGGCAGCAGAUUUGAAUAUGAUGAUGCAGAGUUUACAUCACUGGUACAUCGAGCACACAGAAAUAUUGAACUCCUGGGAUCCCCGUCAAUACAGGUGUUUAACAUGUUCCCAUGGAUCGGUAAAUGGAUUGCUGACAGAAAGGAACUUCACACGAUAAUUGCUGAGAGCAAGAAACGUAAUCAGCAGUUGUUUAGUCGUUUGAAAGAGACCCUCAAUCCACAGAUGUGCAGAGGACUUGUGGACGCCUUUCUGCUCCGAAAGCAAAAUCUUGAGGAAUCCGGAAUCACCGACAGUCACUUCCAUGAUAAAAACCUGAUACAGACGGUUCUUAAUCUCUUUACUGCUGGCACUGACACAACAGCAACUACACUGAGAUGGGCACUACUAUAUAUGGCCAAGAAUCCAAAAAUACAAGAACAGGUCCAGGAGGAGCUAAGCAAGGUUAAAGGAGGUCGUCAAGUGCAGGUUGAGGACAGGCAACACCUGCACUUCACAAAUGCCGUCAUCCACGAAAUCCAGCGACUGGCUAACAUCGUCCCCAUGGCACUUCCUCACAAAAUGAGCCAAGACAUCACUUUCCAGGGUCACUUCAUUAAGAAGGGGACCACAGUGUAUCCUCUCUUGACAUCCGUCCUGUGUGAUGAGACUGAGUGGGAACACCCCAGCAGCUUUUAUCCUGCUCACUUCCUGGACAAAGAUGGGAAGUUUGUCAAGCGAGAUGCCUUCUUGCCUUUUUCAGCAGGUCGCAGGCAGUGUCCUGGGGAGAGUCUGGCCAGAAUGGAGAUUUUCCUCUUCUUUACCAGCCUUUUGCAGCACUUUCGUUUUACUCCUCCUCCAGGAGUUUCGGAGGAUGAAUUGGAUCUGACUCCAAUAGUGAGCGCUACCGUUAGCCCGUCACCUCAUAAACUGUGUGCUGUUUCUGUUGUGUGAGCUUUACAAUGCUGCUUCUCUAACAGUCAAUGGUGCGAGUUGGUUCAAGA